AGUGGUAACCUGUAUACAGAUGACUUCAUUUGGUGCGGGUGUACAUAAUAAAUAUAAUUAAAAUUCACGAUCUCUAGGCCAUUUUAUUAGACUGGAAUAUAUGCCAUCUGGUUUGAGUUAAUUCAACGUUUUACCGAGUGUAUAAAACAAAUGUGCAUAUUUACAACCGUAGAAUGAUAACGAGUCGACCCCGCGUAGUGUACAAAACGUUGAUGUGUAUGUACAAAUGGCAUGCGUAUUCCAUGCUAUUUGUGGACCGAAAAGCUUACGAAAGCGUGUCACAAUUUCAAAAUUUGCUAAACAAAUAAAAACGUGGUUUAAUUAUUGCUGCUAUUUCAUAAUAAUAAAAAAAUAGAUAUAGUGGAAGGUUUUGAAUAUAUUUAGAGCUUACAUUAGCACUAUUGUAUCUUUUAGUAUAUUUACACUCGAAUGUAAGAUGUUCGUUUUUGUGAACAAGGAACUUUCACACAUAGCCGUUACAUAAAUUGGGGAAAGCGCGAUUGAAGAACUAGUAAAUUUGCGACGUACCAGAAUUACUUAAAAGAAUCGAAAGAAAUACUUUCCUGAUCGUAUUUAUGUGUAGCUUUUUGUAUUAUUAAAAAUAAAAAAAUUAUAUUUUAAAUAUGCUACGGCAUAACGCUUUCGCCGACUUGCCGACAUAUAAAUUAAUCCUCGGCUUUGGUCUAUGCACUUUGGGUGGCGCUAUGCUAUACGCUUACUUUAAAACUCGCGACGAAGACGAGGAUGUGGCACAACAGAAACCAGGAGUAAAACAGAGAAGAGGAAAGCCGGCACCAACUAACUCUCCAAAACAAAAAGGAAAAGAGAUACAAAUUAAUUUUGAGAUAUCAAAUGAGCACAUACCGCUGUGUGUAGGUCGCGGCGGAGCUAAUUUAAGCUCUAUUGAACAACAGACACGUACCAAAAUUCGUUUGAAAGACAAAAAUGAGAAGUACAAAAUCUGUGAUAUAACUGGUGACGCAAAUGGCGUCAAACAAGCGCGUUCAUUGCUGCUUAAAGAGAUCGAAAGGGCGCCUAUUAUCAAGGAAGAAAUCUGGGUGCCGCAAAGUGUGUGUGGCAAAAUUAUGGGACGAUGUGGCGAAGCAAUGCAAGAAAUAUGCCGCAUCUCCUUGGCUAAGGUGGCUGUGGAUUCAGGCGGGGGUCGUAGUGGCGGAGCUAAGGACAGACGUCGCAUUCUUAUUACCGGCAACCAGCAACAGGUAAAUAUCGCCCGCAAAUUGCUUGAGGAAAAAAUUGAAGAGGACGAAGAACUUCGUCGGGCCGUUGAAGAAGUUGAGCACCGACGGGAACCUCGGCGCUCCCCUUCGAAUAGCAUAAAUUCUAGUAUGUAUUCUUCACAAACAUCAUUGAGCUCCCAUUUGCUGCCUCGUGAAAAAAUGCUCGCAGCUCGAGACGAGGAAAAGCCUAUGGAGGUAUACGUUUCUGCUAUUGCUUCGCCUUCUAAGUUCUGGGUACAAAUAAUUGGCCCACAAUCGAAGAAACUGGAUGACAUGGUCCAAUCAAUGACAGACUAUUAUAGUGAACCAGAGAAUAAGGCUCGCCAUCAAAUCCAAGAACCGUAUCUAGGGCAAAUAGUAGCAGCCAUAUUUAAAUACGAUGGGAAGUGGUAUCGUGCAGAAAUUGUUGGCAUUUUGCCAAAUCAAUACAACCCAAACGAAGUAGUAUUGGACCUGUAUUUCGUUGAUUACGGUGACAGUGAAUAUGUAUCCCCUCACGAAGUAUUUGAGCUGCGUACAGAUUUUCUGACUUUAAGAUUUCAAGCAGUGGAAUGCUUUUUAGCCGGAGUUAAGUCUACAAUAUUGAAUGAUCCAGACACUUGGGAAACACAAUCAAUUCAAAAGUUUGAGGAACUUACCCAAGUUGCGAACUGGAAAAAAUUAAUUUCCCGCGCUGUUACAUACAAAGAGCGUCAAAAGGCCAUAGUCGAUACUGCCCCAGCUCGCGAGAGUUCACCUAUACCCGGUGUUGAACUUUUCGACUUGACUGAAGGAGUAGAAGUCAAUAUUGGCCACAUGUUAAUUUCGCAUGGUUUUGCUUUGCCUGCUGAUGACAUUCCGCGACCGCGUUCCCCUUACUAUGCUGUUGGCCCGGAAUCAUUGGCAUUUGAUCAAACCAAUUUAAACUCGCCUCAAUCUCUACGUCGUAACGAGAACUUGUCGAUUAGUAAUGGGAAUUUAAGAGCAGCGGAGGAUUCCCUUCUCGAGGAGCAGUUGGAUCACUUGAGAAUCAACAAUAAUUUGCAUUUAAAUGGCGCUGGCGAUGCGCGUAUUGCAUCAAUGGCAACAGAAACGGCAUCUAAUCUAGCCAAACUUACCGCUUCCGAGCUCUUUAACGAUAAUUUCGAUGAAACAUCUACGAAAACGUCAGGAAAUGGGAAUCGCCAUAUCAAUGGAAAUUUAAAUCGAUAAGGGCAAAUUUAAGGAUUCCUUCUCAUGUUACUACCUACAUAAUAGUGUAUCACCUUGUUUUAUGUUUAGUUCUUUAGUGGGUAUUCUUGUAAAUAUUUAAAUGAUACGUCUUUUAACCAAAACAUGUCCUUUGACGCAUGUUUAUUAUCGACAUUUAGUUGCGUAUUUAUAAAAGAUUGUUUAAAAUAUCCUGAUAAAAAUUUUACUUCUAUGUAUGUUUGCAUAUAAUAUUUUAUUUUUUUCUUAAAUGACUUUAGUUUAACGAAUUUACUUAAUUCAUUGGAAAAAACAUUGUAAUCAAAUUGAUAACAAAAUUGUAUCUAAAAUUACAGGCUUUCGCGAAAAAAUUGAAGUUGUUUUAGUAUAUAAACCUGAAAACGAUUUUCAAAAAUGUAUGCAAAAUAAUUUAUGUACAUAUGUAUUAAAAGGGCUGCAAGAAUCAACUCAUGAAUAAACUCGAGUCUAGCGCCGCUGUUGAGUUGAAACUAGUUGAAUGCAGAUACUAAGAAAAUAUGUGAGUUCUUGUCUUUCACUAGCGGAUAAACUUGUUAAUUCAUCACAUAAACAAACGAAACUCACACCCACACCACCAACCACUGCUUCGCACGAGGCGAUUUUGCGUUCAACUUUUGCGUUCAACUCACGCAGGGCUA